UCUCUUUCCCAAACCCUCACUGACACACACACGAUUCUAAUUACUCUCUCACGUUUCACUCACGGGGGCACACACUAAUUCAUUCACGCACUCACUCAGGUGGAGGGGACACAAUAUACAGGUUUGAGAGAGGAAACCCAUAAGGGGGAACAGAAAAAGCACUACACUUCACCGAAUAGGACCCAACAGUGAGAACGAUUACGCACCCUCUGCCUCAGCCGUUCAUCGCCGACGAGAUUCACUCAACAGCAGUGUCUACAUCCGAAGCUCUAUAGCUGCAGCCCAAGUUGUUAAAGCCAAAUUGAUGAGGCUGCUGAGUAGCUAUGAGUUGGUAUUCGAGUUGCUAUCAUUGGCAAUCUGUGGAAUCUAUUGAGGAGGAGACUAUGCAAAUUAGGACCGAGUCGAUACAAAUCAAGACGACGGAGUUGGAGUCAGAAUCAGACUCUGAAGCUGCUGCUAUAUGGAAUGAAAUUGAGGCUUCAGAGAGCUUCCUUGUCUGUUCUAUGUACCAAGAAGCUGCAUCAGCUGCAUCCUCUAUUUUGGAACGCUUGCGUCAUGCCUCCCUUGCAACUCCAGAUAUGCUAGAAUCCACUGCCAUGGUGCUACUCCAGGCACUUAUCCACCUUCCCAGGAAUCAACACAUUCUCGAUCAACUUAGACUGCAUUUCAUUUCAGUCAAAGCUAUUCCUCCCCGUGUUCUUCUUACUGGAGCUUGUUUUCAAAUUGCACAAGGUUCUGGGCUUGGUGUUCAAGAAUUUGUGGAGGAUUUCCUCAAUGGAUGGAGUCUUGAAGAUGCAAGAUAUUGUGCAGUCAUUAAAGAGACAAAUGUAGAGGAUGGAAGUAUAGAAGAAAGACACAUAAUUCUUGAAAUUAAUGAAUAUGUGGAAGUUGUCGAGCUUUAUUCCGUCACACUUCUUGCAACAGUUAGAAAAGAUGUAGAUCUUGCAAUCUCCUGGGUUGAGAAUUCUUCAUUGCCUGAGGAAAAUCGACAGGGACUUCUGAGAAGGUUAUAUUCCAUGCAUUCUCCUGAAAGUACUAUUGUGUCACAACCUUUUCCUCAGUCACCUACAAAUAGAAAUGAAGAUUAUUCUUUGAAAGAACGAAAUAUGUCCGAAGGAUUACCUCAAGCCUCCAAAACCAAACAUCUAAACAAUGAAAGUAAUAGGUCCAAGAAUGCUCUUAUAAAAUUGUCUAAACAAAUAGAAACAUGUUUCUGUUGCUUCCGUGGUAUCCAUUUGAAGAUUGGCUCUACUAAGUUUGUCAUAACUAGUGGGAAGAUCAUGCUUGGUUGUUUACUACUGUUCAUCUACUAUGUUUUCAGAAAGAAGCAAGCCACUAUAAAAAGGAUUUUAAGAAGACAAGCUAUCUCCGUAAAGAGGGCUUUGGUAGAUUUGUGGCAGCUUGCGUUUUCGUACCAAGUAAAUCCUCUGGCAGCUGUUCAACCGCCAUCUGCUGCAACACGUCAAGGUCAGUGAGGCCAUGAUGGAAUUCUUGACCGAGCAUUUCCAUAAUCAGAAGCUUGUCAUGACACAACUGAUCCUCAACCAAAGUUUCAGUAUGCUAAUCAAUUGCACCUUUGGAUAACAAUAUAUGUAACAAUGUAGCACCACUCAUCCUUCUAUCAGUACAAACUUUCUUAAUUUAUCAUUCUGUAGCUAUAUAUUAUGUCAGAAAAAAGUGAAGUAUUGUAUAAUUGCAUUAUAUGUCAGGAAGUGUUGCCAUAAUUUGUCCUUAAA